AUGGCUUCGCCAACUUUGUGGGAGAAGGUCAAGACGGGCUCGAAAGCUGGGUUCGACAAAUCGUAUAAGGUGUUGGAUAAGUUGGGUCCGCCGGUUAACAGGCUCAGUAACAAGUUGGGCAGCGAGGCAUUCUGGCCUACAACGCUGGACAAGGAGAGUGAUAAGGCUGCACGGAUAUUGAAGACGUUCUGCAAGGAUGGCUUCUACACCGAAGAUGAGGUCCAGCCGGAGGACGGGCCAAAGCAGAAGCAGAAAAUCGUCAAGAAAAUCCCAACCGAAGUGAUCAAAAACGCCAAAGGUCUUGCCAUCUUCACUACGAUGAGAACGGGUCUGUGGAUGUCUGGAGCAGGCGGCUCAGGUAUCUUAAUAGCUCGGAAAGACGACGGUUCAUGGUCUCCUCCUUCAGGCAUUAUGCUACAUACCGCCGGACUUGGCUUUCUUGUUGGGGUGGACAUCUACGACUGUGUGGUGGUCAUCAACAGCGCGGAAGCUUUGGAGGCGUUCACAAAGAUCAGGUGUACGCUGGGCAGCGAGGUCAGCGUGGUUGCAGGACCGGUAGGCGCCGGUGCCAUGCUGGAGUCGGAGGUGCACAAGCGACAGGCGCCCAUAUUCACAUACUUGAAGAGCAGAGGAUUCUAUGCUGGAGUGCAAAUAGACGGCACCGUCAUCAUCGAGCGGACAGACGAGAACGAGCGGUUUUAUGGUCAGCGGAUAGGCGUUGCAGAUAUUCUGGCCGGGAAGGUUAGGCACCCACCCUAUGAAGUCAGACGACUGCUGGAGACCAUCAAAGCAGCUCAAGGAGACACCAACAUCGACGAGGGUCUGCUGCCAACCGAGCCUGCGCCUGCUGACUACGAGAUCGAAGAUGGGCAUCUGUUCGGUGUACCAGAGAAGGACGACCCCGACCCAUAUGGCGUACUGGCGUUGGAAAAGGAAGGUCUGAGCAUCAAAGAAGCAGGCACGCACAAGAGGGCAAGCUGGGAGGCCUUCAGCUUCAACCCAUCACCAACCAGUCCUAUACACAGCAUGUACGCAAGAAACAGCAACGAAUGGCCUAGUAACCGCAACAGCUGGCGAGCGAGUGCGUUCUCGAACGAGCCAAAAACGCCGAGCAGCUUGAGAACGAGUAUGGAGUUCGGCAGACCGCCAUCUCUUCCUCCCCGAGCUUCGAAGCAGAUGUCGGAUUCCGGUACUCAGACGGACGACCUGCCAGACCCUCCUUCAACGGAUAGGUGGAGCUUGCACAGCGCAGCCGGACAUUCGCGCAGUGCGUCGUUGCGUGCUUCACCGCACAUGGAGGAGGUGCCCGAAGGCAGGGUGCUGGACACGUCACCAGUGAGAAAGGAGAUGGAGACGCCACCUCACGUCAAUGGCUAUUCCACCCCACCGCGAACGCCAGAGCUACACCAGGAGGAAUCACGGCAGCCCACUUCGCCACCUCGAACACCUGACCUGCAACAAGGCUCUCAGCAAGACCCUGCAGAUGACGACGACGUACACAUCGAAGAGCCGGUCGUACAUUCUGUCCAGUCUGUGCAGUCUCUGCAACCAGCUUCGCCGCAGGUCAUCUCAAAAGCUCGUCUCGUCAAUGUCCCGAAGCGAGUUGCUCCCUCACUACCGCCACGGAAUCCCAACCGUAGCGGCGGCCCGAUUGUCAUCGGUGGCUCGCCGAAGGCUGAAACUCCAUCAGAAGACGCAGAGACUGGAGUCAAGCACGACUCCGCGCACGAGGCCCUCGACACUGACAAGGAGCCUGAAGCGGCGAAGCCAACCACCGCCACUGACCUGUCGGACAAGAUGGACGAUGUGCGGUUAGACGAUGAUGACGAAGACGAUGUGCCGAUGAAGUCAAACCCGUGGGCGAAAGUGGAGGAGACGCGGAAGCAGCAGGAAGAGGAGAAGCAGGAAGAGCAGAGUGGUGUUGCUAUGCCUGGCAGCUUUCAAUGA